ACAUCAUCCUUUUGUCCGUCUAUUUAUUUUCCUUUACAAAACAAAUGAAAAUAUUUUAAUAAUAAAUAUGAACGUUAUAUCGCAAUGAAAUUCGAGUAAUUCUACAGAAUUUAAAUUUUCAAGUAAUGCAAUGUUUGGUUACAAUACAAUUGCAUAAAGUACAGAAAUAACGUGGAGAAUGGGAAACAAAAACUCCACACAGUCAUGUAAAACACAAAACGACCAAAAAGUAAACGCCAAAGACAGCACAGGUUAUCGCAAUGAAAAGACGAAGAAAUUGAGGAACGUGAAUGACCCUAAAAAAAAUUCACAGAUAUUGAAGAAGAAUUUUGUUGGACAUUGUUCUACCAAUCCCUUUAUCAUUUUUUUUUUACGAUUACGUAACAAGAAACCCAAUGAGCAUGUAACGGUGAUAGCUCGGGCAGCUGGAAAAUUAUGGACGCGCAUGUCUCCGGAUCAAAGAAAAAAAUAUAUCGAUUUGGCAAAUGCCGAGAAAAAACGACGGAUAGAAAAAAGACGAAACCGAAGAUAUAUGAACAAAUUGAAAUAAUAAUAUAUCGCAGAGAUGAGUUCAAUGAAAAAUUACAGAGAGAAAAAGAUUUUUAAUUCGAAGAUAAAAAAAAUAAAAGAAAAAAGAAAAGAAGUGGAUGUAACGCUAUACAAGGAAGAGCUUU